AUUAGCCUAGCUUCCCCGGUACGGCGCCAUUUUGGGGACAACGUGGUCUGACGCAGUAAGGAUACAAGUUUGUCAGUAUAUCUGAAGCCUCCCGUACACUGAGUAUUUACAUGCAUGUAUAGUGAUUGUGAGUUUGUAAUAAAUAUGUACUUUGUAAGGGUUAUAAGUUAGUUACUGUUGGUAAAACAGUAAGGUUGUUUGUUACACUUAAAUAUGUUUCAGUAAUGCAUUUUAGUGACCUGCCAUUAAUGGCAGAAGGUAAAUAGUCAAUAUGACAGGUUAGAGGGGUCAUGAAAUACUACUUUUAAGUGGAAGUAAAAAGAAGAGUAGUAUUUAAUACAGGUUAAUACUGUAUACAAAUGUAUUUAAGGUACAACAGAUUUUAUUGAAUGUGAAAUUCAAUUCGACAUAUGUGUUUAUCACAUAAAAGAGUAACAUACAGACAGAGUGAAGGUAUGUGAAUGGUUAUUGAGGAAUGUAAGUCGAAACUGAAAUGCAUAAGAUAAUUGAUAUGUUUAUAUGAUUUUGUGUAAUAAAACAACCUCAGGAGAAGUAAUCUGGAAGGAAACUGAACACAAGGUGUCCUCAUUACUUCUCUUUCACCUGCACGAUACAGCAAGGCGUCCACCUCGCACUGAUAACCUGAGGGAAGAUGAAGAGGAGAUACAACCGAGGACAACAAAAUAAGGAGAUCUCCUGGAUUAGACCGCCUCAAUCUGACCCUGCUGUUAGACCUGGUCUAAGGUCAUCUGGCUGGAAAGAAACUCUGCUACUGGAACUGCAGCGUUAGUUAGUGCUGCAGGAGCAGAUAGUAUGACAGCUUAAUGAGCAGAUAGUAAAAGUCUGAGUAAGAAAAAAGAAGAAAAUGGAGAAAAGCACACUUGGUUUCUUCAUGCUGGUGUUAACCAUUGUACAGACUUCCAACAGUUUAGUUGAGGGCUUGGAAUCAACACGGAUUUAUGACUACACCAAAUAUCACCCCAUGGAUGAGAUAUACAAGUGGAUGGAAGAUGUGGAGCGAGAGAACCCAGAGCUGGUCUCCUCUGCUGUCUACGGACGCACUUUUGAAGGAAAUAAUAUCACACUGCUGAAGUUUGGACUACAAAACCCAGAGGGCAAAGAGAAGAAGGUAAUAUGGAUGGACUGUGGUAUCCAUGCUCGGGAGUGGAUCGCCCCCGCCUUCUGCCAGUGGUUUGUCAAAGAGAUUGUGACCUCGUAUAAAAUCAAUAAGAAGCUGGAACAGAUGCUGCAGAACCUGGACGUCUACGUUACUCCUGUGAUCAAUGUGGACGGAUACAUGUACACCUGGGUCAAUAGCACCAAUCGACGUUGGAGGAAGUCUCGAUCCACCCCUCCUUCGGGCAGUAGCUGCUUUGGUGUUGACCUCAACAGAAAUUUUAAUGCCAACUGGGGAACGGUUGGUGUGUCAUUUGACAGUUGUGUAAACACAUACUGUGGGAAAGAAGCCGGGUCAGAGCCAGAGGCUACAGCUGUGAUGGACUUUGUUGGUAAGAUGGUUAGCCAGACUCUGUGUUUUCUCACCAUCCACUCCGCGGGGCAACUUAUACUCUUACCAUAUGGCCACCCUCAGAUCUCUGCACCCAACUAUGAUGAACUGGUGUCAGUGGGGAAGGCAGCAGCAGCAGAAAUGAAGAAGCUACAUGGAAUGGGCUACACUGUAGGAACAUCUCCACAAAUCCUCUAUCCAAACUCAGGCUCAAGCCGCGACUGGGCUCGUCUCGUCGGCAUCCCCUUCUCUUACACCUUUGAGCUGCGAGACAAAGGUGAGUUCAGCCACUUGCUGCCAGAGGAUCAGAUCAAGCCGGCCUGCGAGGAGGCGUACGCAGGAGCGCUGUCCAUCAUCACAUAUGUCCACGACAAGACCUUUAACAGUGGCGCUAUCCCUAGUGCUGCUGUUUCUGGGGUCGCUAUGGUGAUGUUGAGCUCCUUCAUGGUUGUGUUUCUCACCACAGGGGUGAACUAAUUUUAUAUUUUACUUACUGAGGCAUUCACCCAAAUUCUAUUAAUGUGGCUAAUUAAGCUAGAUGCUAAAACAGCAAAAUAAUUGCACUAUCCAUAUACAGUAUGAUUCUCAUUCAUUAAUAUGUGUAUAUGUACUUGCACUGGCUAUAAAUGUAUGCAUUCUG